AUGCAUCAAGACCAGCAAAAUCGCCUUUUUCAGGCGCGUAUCGUCGCUAGUAUCGCUGCAACUGUGAUGUCCCUAGCAUGCGGUACCAAUUAUGUCUACUCGGCUUGGGCUCCGCAGUUCGCGGAACGACUAAAGUUAUCCUCCACAGAGAGCAACUUGAUCGGUCUAUGUGGUAACCUGGGCAUGUACACCCUGGGUAUGCCCAUAGGUGCCUUUAUUGACUCUCGAGGCCCGCGGCCUGCCGUCCUUGCCGGCGCUGUCCUCAUGCUCCUUGGUUACUUUCCGCUUCACCAAGCCUACCAUCGUGGCUCUGGAUCCGUGAUUCUAAUUUGUAUGGCAUUCGCUGCUUCAGUCAAGACGUCUGCUCUCAACUGGCCCAAGACCCGUGGAACGGCCACAGCUUUCCCUUUAGCUGCCUUUGGCUUGAGUGCCUUCUUCUUCUCUUUCGUCGGUGCUGUCUUCUUCCCCGGUAAUCCCAGCGCCUUCCUUGAGCUUCUCGCUUGGGGCACAUCUGGCCUUACCUUUGGCAGCUUCUUCUUCCUGAAAGUAUACCACGACCAGCCCGAGUAUGAGGCCGUACCGGCAUCGGACGACACACAGAGCGACCCAUCAUCAUCAUCUCAGCAAUUCCGACCUGGAUCUUCAGAGGAGCCGAAACCCUUCCGCUCCUCUCGAAUGGACAAUGAACCCGCAUCCUCAUCUGCCGCCGCCCCGGAUUCGACGGGCUCUCUUGGAACUCCACUCGCGCCUGAAUUCGGCCUUGUGGUCGCCCCCGAGAAUCCGGAAGACCUAGAGGUUGGCGAGAGGUCACCCCUGAUUUCUCGUCCCUCAUCACGAACCGAUCAACCCCUUCUUGGAAAUAAUUAUAUUAAUAGCGAUGGAUCUCACCCUCUAGACAUUCGAGGUCUCGCCCUCUUGCGCAGCGUCAGCUUUUGGCAUCUCUUUAUCAUCAUGGGCAUUUUGGCUGGCGUGGGUCUCAUGACCAUCAAGUAUGAUUGGCCUCUAACCUAUCCAGUCUUUGGAGAACACUCAGCUGACAAUUUCUCAAGCAAUAUUGGAAACGACGCCAAGGCUCUUUGGAAGCAUUACGACAAGAAUGUGACCGACGAUGCUCUUGUACAUCGCCAGCAAAUGCAUGUUUCAGCAUUGUCUAUUUGUAGUUUCCUCGGCCGACUAUCAAGUGUCCUUCUAGGUGUCGGCUCAGAUUUCUUGGUCAACAAACUUCACGCCAGUAGGCUCUGGUGUCUUGUUGCCGCCUGCAUCAUCUUCAUCUUUGCCCAGGUGUGCGCGUUGAACGUCGAAAACCCGCACUGGCUUGGGCUGGUCUCAGGCCCGUCCGGCUUGGCCUAUGGCUUCCUCUUUGGCGUCUCCCCCUCUCUUGUCGCCGAAACCUUUGGUGUUGGGGGACUGAGCCAGAAUUGGGGCUUCAUCACCAUGGCUCCUGUUUUCUCGUCCAACAUUUUCAACCUAUUUUAUGGUAAAAUUUACGACGCACAUAGUGUAACGGUCUUCAAUGCUACCGUUCUGCCUAUUGGGUCACAUUAUUGUCAUGCUGCGCUGGAACAGGCAUCACCCUCUGGGCGAUUCGCCAUCGACAUGCGAAGCACCAAAGGGCAAUGA